CGUGGGUGGCAUUGGCUCUGACUCAGACUCUGACUCUGGCUGUGACUCAGCGAGGCCCGGGGCGUUACGUAAACCCUGUCAAUGUGGAGGGUUCUGGCUUGAGCUCAACGUCUAAGUUCGUCUCUUCGCCUUGUCAUAAUGGAUUUUGAGGAGUUGUUCGACGAGCGGACCUUUUCAUUUUCCAACUUCCAGGAGUUCACGUUUCUUCCCGGUCACCAGAAGUUAUCCGAACGUGUUAGGAAGCGCCUGUAUUACGGACUGGACAGUGACUGCUCGCUGGAUGCCCUCUCCUGCCCUGUUACAGACAUCGCCGUGGAACUGCUACAGAAAUCUGCACCAAGCCCCAUCCGGAAGCUCCAGAAGAAGUACGCAGCUCAUGUCGCCAGGGAAGCCUGCAUCUCUCCAUGCGCCAUGAUGUUGGCUCUGGUCUACAUCGAACGGCUCCGUCACAGAAACCCUGAGUACCUGCAGCAGAUCUCAUCCUCCGACCUUUUCCUGAUCUCCAUGAUGGUUGCCAGCAAAUAUCUGUAUGAUGAGGGAGAAGAGGAAGAGGUGUUCAAUGACGAAUGGGGUGCCGCUGGGAAGCUGGGUGUGCAGACGGUCAACACGUUGGAGAUGAACUUCCUCAAAGCCAUUGACUGGAGUCUUUAUGCUGAACCCUAUGAGUUCUUUGACAUCUUGAAUCAAAUAGAAACCAGCAUAGCGGAGAAGCAGGGCCUGAACCGAGGCUGGUUUACGUACACUGACCUGUGCGUGCUGCUGGAGCAGUCGGCAUGGCAACAGGCCUUCACGGCCAUAUACCACCACUUUGCCAAGCUCACCUGCAUGCUCGGGCUGGUCUACCUGACGAGCGUGGCGGGCCUCAUCGCCUCCUCCGCCGUGCUGCAGCAGCUCGCCUGCCCCAGGGUUCGCGGUACACUCUGUCAGCUUGGCGUCCAGGGCACCGGAUCCCAGCAUGCUCUGCUCCAGGAAGCCAUCACCCCAGAGUCCAGCCUGCCCAGCUGCAUCCCGGGAAAUGACAGCCAGAAGAAGCGUUCGGCCCUGAGGGCCUCCCUCUCUCCAGCUACCUCCUCACUCUGCUUCUGGGGCUCCCUGCUCACCUCGCUGGCCAGUCCCGAUUUAGCACCGGACAGACACCAGCCAGCCUCCUCUCCAUUAAGCUGUCUGGUCCCCUUCUCGCGACACCACUGUGGGGUCAUUAACGAAACCGCUUGGCAUCCCCCGGAGUCACUGCGCAUCCUCACGCCCACGCCUGCCCCUCAUGUGCCCGCUGCUGGACCCCAGGGCCACCAUCUUGUUUUAAGUACCUUCACCCACCUCAAAGCCGGGCCCUGUUGCUCAGAGGCAAUGGUUCCCCUCGGGAAGGUCCACAGUUUCCUAAUGCCCAGUUAGAGACGUUUCUGGACGGCCGUCAUGUUGAAUCUGGGCGCAGUGCGUGGUCACGCUUGCAGAAAUUGGAGCUCACUGUCACACGUCCUCGGAGUGAAGGGGGCGGGGGGUAUGGUAAGGUUUUUAAGUUAAAAACAAGACCAGCCGCCUGUACUCUAUCACCACUAGCUAGUUUAUGGGAAAGAUAGAGAAAGCUCACCUUCAAAUGCCCCUCCCCGCAGGAAUAUGUCAGUUUACAACAACGACAGUUUAAUUUACCUCACUCCGUCUCUCGUCUCAAGUGGGUUUCUGGCAAGCCGUCUGAUAACUGCUUUUGAGUUGCAUAUAGUCUUAGGUAUUGCAUUGCUUUAAAAAGGGGGGAAAAAAAUAAUCUUGCACAUUUUUUCAAAAAUGUCACCAAAUAAAAUGUGCCCCCCCCCGUCCCCUCUGCCAUCAUGUUUGAGGUCUUAAAAGCAAUAUACAGCACGCUGGGAUGGAGAUGCCCUCCGUCCCGGCAGGCUUCUCUGUCAUGAGUGCGUCUGGGACUUGGUUUACAUUUUUCCUAGCUGGCACAUUUAAAGAUAUACAUCCAUUUUAUAUAGUCCUUGUUUCCUCCACUUAAGGUAGCAUGAGUUUUGAUAUUCUUGUACUUAGAUUUUGAGUAACUGGGUAAGAAAGGCCGGGGUCAUAAAGGAGUAUGUUCUGCAGGAUUUCUGUGUCAGGUCUGCAUAGCAUAGUUGUUGAUUGAUACAGGGAUGGCACUGAUUGUAAUGACCAAUGUUGUUAUGCAUAUUUAAUCCUGCGUUGGUGUGAAUUGGUCACUGGGCUCAGAAAAAAUGUGUAAAAGUACAGUUUUGGGGGAAAUCCCUUCUCAAAAAUUGGGAAGUGAUUUUUUUAAUUUUUUUUUUUGGUGAGUUAUGAAAUUGGGUUAUGAAAUGUUGACUUUGAAUUUGGGAUGGUGGGUUCUUUGGGAAUGCUGGGAGUUGUAGUCUUGCUUGAAGUUUGUAUGGAGCUCUGUGGUGUGUGAGCUCUCUGACAUAGCCGUUGGUCCGAUUGUACCACAGCUGUCGCUGUGCUCGGGACCUGAAAAAAAGUGUGGAUCCAGCCAAGUUUUGAGUUGUGGAGGAUUAUUGUGAAAUAUGUGUGCUGAAGUGGUUCUGAAGUUGGCGCCCUACUUCUGUAGAAAGUUUUGCAAAUUAAAAUAUAAUUUCCAUUUUCUUCUCAAAUGUUUUUCAUAAGAACCGUACACCCCAACUUGCUUUUUAUUGGAGGGAUAUGUAAAAAUUAAGCAUAUGUGCUUUAGAAGUGGACUGGAACUGGAGAGCUGGAAUCAUGCGAGUGUAACCCUACAGUCACUCAAGGGGGACCGGUGACACGGAGGGGAAUGAUGAGAUGGAGUAAUCGAUGUGUGAUGUUGUUUCCUGUCAAAAUGCAUCACUUCCUGUUGGCAGGGCUCUUGCACACUGAGGAUUGGUGGUGAAACAUGAAGCAUUUUGACAUGUAUCCACAGCUAAAGAACUGGCAGCUUUAUCUGGAGCUUAAUCAAAUGCUUAGUGUAAUUUUUCUGAAGUUUUCGUGAGGAGGGAUUCAUGAUUCAACCCAGCAGCACAGUGAGGCAUCAGUCAAUUUCUUGAAAAGAUGUUCCCCUUCUUAAUGAUGGCCUCCAGUAGCGCUUAAUCCUAUAUUUUAAUUCCUCUUCACCCUGAACAUCACCUGAAUGCCUUCAUGUAUAUCUGACCUUUUCCUGCAAUAAAUGUACAUUUUUUGCUGUGA